CCUCCACCUCUACUUUUCGUGUCCGCUCAUAAGCUACACUGUCUACACCGAAUAGAAUUCCUACCGACUGUUUUCCUGUAUUUCGAGCAUGGCUAUAUCCCUGUUAAGAUCAGGGUCUUGUCUUCUUUCCUACUUGCUAAUAAUGCUUUUAAUCUUUGCUAAAUUCACUUUGUGGUUUCGAUUCUGGGCUUUGUUUCAAUGACUGGAAAUUCUUUUCUAAUUCUACAGAUUCUAAUUCUAUAGGAACUAGGUGAUAGCGAUGCUGCUAUGCCAGUUAUCGGUUAUGAAGGACUCGUAUACCCAGAGACUAAUCCAUUCCCCACCCACCCAGACAGGUUUAGCUUCUCAGAUACUAGCUGACAUAAAAAUUAUAUUUACAUCAGAAGCAUCCUCAAUAUUUAUCAUCUUUUCAAGGCAAAGGAAUAUGUUAUACAGAAGAAAUAUAACCAUGCUUAUAUAAGUCUGGUGAAUUAUGGCGAAAUAUUGCUUCUGACUAAAAUUAUUAACAUUUGUGUAAUUCACUGUCUGGAAUUAGUACAAAAUAAUUUUGCAUUCUAAAUAGACUCAGAUAAAUUUAUAAAGGUCUUUGCAGUUUGAUAGACAUAUAGCAGAAGGAAUAUUUGUUAGAAAUAAAUUAUAUAAAAGGAAAACAAGCAACAUAUAUACUGUGGUGUGAGAAGAAAAGUUUUUUGGUUAAAUGAGUUGAAAGAUUGAGUUUUUAUCCCGAAGAAAUGGCAAAAAACUUAGCAAAGUCUUCAUAUGAAUGUGAUAUCUGUAAAAAGUCAUUCACUACAAAAGGCCAUCUUACUACUCAUGUACGUAUUCAUACAGGAGAGAAACCAUAUCACUGUGAUAUCUGUGGGAAGUCAUUCAAUCAGAAUGGUGAAUUAACUAUUCAUAAACGUCUUCAUACGGGAGAGAAACCAUAUCAGUGUGAUAUCUGUGGUCAAUCAUUCACUCGUAAAGAUAUUUUAACUACACACAGACGUAUUCACACAGGAGAGAAACCAUAUCAGUGUGAUAUGUGCUGUAAAUCCUUCUCUAAAAGUACUAACUUAACCGAUCACAAACGCAUUCAUACCGGAGAAAAGCCAUACCAAUGUGAUUUCUGCGGUAAAUCAUUCAAUCAAAAUAACCAGUUAAUUAAACACAAGCGUAUUCAUACGGGAGAAAAGCCUUAUCACUGUGAUAUCUGUGACAAAUCAUUCUCUCGAAAUGAUGAAUUAAUUGCUCACAAACACAUUCAUACAGGUGAGAAGCCUUAUCAGUGUGAUACCUGUGGUAAGUCAUACCCUCGAAAUAAUCAAUUAACUACCCACAAGCGCACCCAUACUGGAGAAAAACGGUUUCAUUGCGAUAUUUGUGGUAAAGCAUUCUCUCAUAGUAACGUUUUAAAGGGACACAAACGCAUUCAUACUGGGGAGAAGCCCUAUCACUGUGAUAUCUGUGACAAAUCCUUCUCACGAAAUGAUGAAUUAACCAUUCACAAACAUGUUCAUACAGGAGAGAAACCGUAUCAGUGUGACAUGUGUAUUAAGUCAUACCGUCGCAAAAACCAAUUAACUGCUCACAGACGUAUUCAUACAGGAGAAAAUCCAUAUCGUUGUGACAACUGUGGUAAAUCAUUCUCUCACAGUGGUCGGUUAGCUAAGCACAAAUGUAACAGUGUAAGAGAAAAACUAUAUCACCGGAAUAUUUGUGGUAAAUCAUUCUCUUAAACAUGACAAUUAUUCCCAUCUGUAUUCUUACAUGAAAGAAAACACAUCACUUUGUUAUUUGUACUCUCUCUUCAUACUAUAAUUGGAUCUAAUUAUAUUUUAUAUUCAACUGAACUGUAUAUAUAUAUAUUUUUUAUGUAUUCUCGUAUAUUCUUGUUUUGUUAUUUUUUUUAUGCAUUCUUG